AUGAUCACAGCUGAGAAGGUUAAGAAGUUUUAUUGGAGGAAAAUAAUCUGCAGGUUUGGAGUGCCAGCAACAAUUGUUUCUGAUAAUGGAACACAGUUUACAAGUAGGAAAGUCAGAGAUUUUUGUGCAGAGAUGAGAAUUGAAAUGAGGUUUGCCUCAGUGGAACACCCACAAUCUAAUGGGCAGGUUGAAGCAGCAAACAAGUUAAUUUUGAAUGGUGUGAAGAAGAGGUUGGGCGAAGCAAAAGGUUUAUGGGCUGAUGAGUUGAUAACAGUAGUUUGGGCUUACAACACAACACCGCAAUCUACUACUGGAGAAACACCCUUCAAGCUCGCUUAUGGAGUUGAUGCAAUGAUUCCGGUGGAAAUUCAAGACAUGACUUUUCGAGUGGCAACAUAUGAAGAGGAGCAGAAUCGAGAGAAUGUUCUGGUGGAUUUGAAUUUGGCAGAGGAAAUGAAGGCUGAGGUUCGUUUAAGGGAAGCUGCAAUUAAGCAAAGAUCUCAAGUUACCCAAAACUUGUACUUGAAGUGUGUUCUGAAUCUUCUGAUUGUCUGUUCCUUUUAUGAUUUUUAUAUUCAUUUUUGGAGUGGAUCUUGGAUUGGAGCACAGUUUGCAGGACUACCCAAAAACACAAAGGUAAAGUACACACUCCGUUUAGUGACAGGAAGGAUGUUUAGUGACAGGAAGUGGAUUAUCCCGUUUUUCGCAAGUUUGCUUGUAUCUGUGAGUCUGCUUCUCACAUCUUUUCUUGGGGUGCUUAGUUCUGCUGGUGGUGGGGGAGAGCAGGCACCAUUUGACAUUAUUUCAUUCAAGAGAUCAGAAGAUUCCAGUGGAUAUUUUGUAGAAUCAGAUUUGGAUAAUUCUCUCAAUGUUAGUGUGAUGGUGAAAAAAGAAGCACCUAGGUUUGCAUAUCUUAUUUCAGGCACAAAGGGUGAUAGUCAUAGGUUGAUGAGGACAUUAGAGGCAGUGUAUCAUCCAAGGAAUCAAUACAUCUUGCAUUUGGAUCUUGAGGCGCUGCCCCGGGAAAGGUUGGAAUUGGCAAAUACAGUGAAAGCAGAUCCAGUAUUUCGUGAAGUAGAGAAUGUGCGUGUUAUGUCUCAAUCCAAUUUGGUAACUUAUAAGGGUCCUACAAUGAUUGCUUGUACUCUGCAAGCUAUUGCAAUACUAUUGAAGGAGAGUUCAGAGUGGGACUGGUUUAUAAACCUCAGUGCCUCAGAUUAUCCUCUCGUAACACAGGUUGAUUUGCUUCAUGUUUUCACGAAUUUAUCUAUAGAUCGCAAUUUCAUUGAACAUACACGUUUUACUGGUUGGAAACUGAACCAGAGAGCAAAACCAAUCAUUGUUGAUCCUGCCCUUUACUUAUCAAAGAAAUCUGAUUUAGCUUUCACUACUCAACGAAGAACACUUCCCACGGCUUUUAAACUGUUCACCGGUUCAGCUUGGGUUGUGCUAACUCGGUCCUUUGUGGAGUACUGUAUAUGGGGAUGGGAUAACUUUCCAAGGACUAUGCUAAUGUAUUAUACAAACUUUGUCUCUUCGCCUGAGGGAUAUUUUCAUACUGUUAUUUGUAACACUAAGGAGUUCCGGCAUACAGCGAUUAGCCAUGAUCUUCACUACAUUGCUUGGGACAAUCCCCCAAAGCAGCAUCCAAUGUCUUUGACUAUGAAAGACUUCGAAAAAAUGGUUAAGAGCAACGCUCCAUUUGCCCGAAAGUUCGCGAAGGAUGAUCCAGUUCUCGACAAGAUUGACAAAGAAGUUUUGGGUCGUACACAUAGAUUUUCACAUGGAGCAUGGUGUGUUGGGACCUCAGAUGGUGGUGCAGACCCUUGUUCUUUGCGUGGCAAUGAUACAGUGUUUAGUCCAGGACCUGGUGCUGAGAGAUUACAUGAGCUGCUUCAAGUUCUGUUAUCUGAAGAACUUCAAGGCAAGCAGUGUUUGUGACAAAAGGGGUAACCUCCACUAAGAUAAUGUCAAGUGUACAUACUGUGGUUAUAGAUCAUACAUGUCUGAUGUAAAAUAUCAGAAUUUUGUGUUCAAGAACAGAUUAUAGUAAGAAGCAACAAGCACUCAGGUAGCAGUUUUCUGGUGCUUGUUUUGGUUGCAAUUGCAGCCACCAUUUACAAAUUACAACCAUUUUUUGUUAUGUUGCAAAAACAAUUAAAUUUCAGAAUAUUUUUUAAUUGGUUAUCAA